AUGGAGUUAACAAGUUUUUUCAAGAAUGAAUUCUUUCAUCCCAAUGAAAAUACAGAGGUUAAGCAGUAUAAUGCAGGCUGGGAACAAUUAAAACAAAGAGGUAAGCACUCUUUGGAUCCAAAAUCUGAAAGUGAUGAGAAAAAUGCGGGUGGUAUUUUUUCUAAGUGGGAUGAUCCAUGGGGUGUGCCACCUAAAGCUUUUGUUUCUACUCUUUGCGGCGAAGACAAUGAGAAAGUAACAACAAAAAAGAAUUCUCUCUUAGCUAGAUCCCUUCUAAAGAGAAAAGAGCUUGUGUCUCCGCAACCCUAUGAUAAGUGGUAUAUUAAACCUAAAAAUUCAAAUUUGAAGUAUAAUGGGAACAGCUUAACCUUUAAGAACGGAAUGCAAAUACGCAAUGGUAAUUCUGCUAUGAAUAUAAGAAAGAUUGGGCCUCAACAGAGGCAAUUCAACUCAUCAGAAAACCCAUUCCUUAGAAAUGUAUCUAAAAAAAAUAUUUUCUAUCAUAGAAUUGAUAGGACUUAUAAUGUACCCUAUAUUCAAACUAACAAGAGCAAUAAUACUCCGUACAGAGGUAAUAGAGUAUUAAAAAAGAACAUCGGAUAUCAAUUCAAAUUUAAACAUGACACAUCUUUUGAAACAAAAGAAACCAAGAAAAACUAUGGAUCAUAUUUUAUAUCAUCUAACAAAACUAAUCAUACAAAACAAUAUCUCCAGUUGGCAAAUAGUCGCCAGUGUCUCCUAAUGAUUCUUCAUCUUUAA